AUGGUGACGUAUAUCUUCUGAUGAUAUUACCGUUAUACCCUCUUUUAUAAACGAAAUUGGCCCAAUGGGUCUGUUCGGCCCAGUAGUCAUCCGUUUUAGUCUAUAACGUGGCACGAUGUAAUUGGUUAAAGAUUAGAAGACCGCCGGACUAAGAUUUAACCAGCGGUGACUUCGACACUUAUUAGCCGGUAUAUUUCUUCGCCGGAGCUUCCUCAACGAUUAUGGCCACCGAUGGCGAGAGUAUCUCGAUGUCGUUGGCGGUGGCUACCUGCGUCGCGAUGGCACUAUUCUACGUUUUGAUCCUUUACGUUCCCACCGUGAUACUCCGUCUCCCGUCGGCUUCUUCUUACACCGAAUUCAUGAUUCGGCGAUUCAUCUGCGCGGCCAUUUGUACUGUAGCAUCUCUCGUCUUCACAGCUUUUAUACUUCCGAUAAAAAGCUGGGAGGCCUCUUAUAUACUUGGAGUUUAUGGCAUAAGGAAAGAUCAUCUGUGGCAAGGAGUGGUGUAUCCUCUUCUAUUGACCUCGCUCGUUUAUGCUGGGUCUUUGGUGUUGAAGUUGUUUACUCUCCUGGAAUCAUGGAAGGAAAAUGGCGGAGGAUGUAGUUCCUUUAAUUACAUCAGAAGCUUUUUCCAAACAAUCCCUGCUUCGGUAUUGACAAGUGCUUCUAAUGUUUCCGUUUGGCGCAAUUUUAUCGUGGCACCAGUAACUGAGGAGCUGGUUUUCCGAUCAUGUAUGAUACCUUUGCUUCUGUGUGCUGGGUUUAGGAUUAACACUGCCAUCUUUCUGUGCCCAGUUCUCUUUAGCUUGGCUCACUUAAACCAUUUUAGAGAGAUGUACAUCAGGCAUAACCGCAGCUAUCUCCGGGCUUCACUUAUUGUUGGUCUUCAGCUUGGCUACACAGUCAUUUUUGGUGCAUAUGCAUCGUUUCUCUUCAUCAGAACCGGUAACAUUCCAGGCAUUUAUAUAUCUUAUACAUGUAAAAGCCUUUCUAAUGGAUGAUUGUCUCCUGCAUUGUGUAAAUUUUACAGGACAUCUUGCUGCUCCUUUGUUUGCUCAUAUAUUUUGCAACUACAUGGGAUUGCCUGUGCUAUACGCAAAUGGAAAAGGUUUGGUGAGUGCAGCGUUCUUAGGCGGUGUGGUUGGGUUCGUCUUACUUCUCUUUCCUUUAACAAAGCCUCUCAUGUACAACGAUAGUACCAACGAUUGUCCGUGUUGGCUUGGCUAUUGUUUGUGGAAUUGACACUUCUCCAAGUUUUUUUUUAUAUAUCAUCAUGUCUUAGAAUCUAUUUUUUGACACAAUAUUGGAAUUAUGGUCUUUUACUGCAAGCUAAUGUUUCUUGAUAGUUUAUGUAGUUUUUUCCUUGUAAAUAUAUAAUAAUAAUAAUAAUUGGUUCAAGUCUCCAA